GUAACCACUGAUCACUGCGUGUAUAUAUAGAUUCUCCCUUUUUGCUUUGUUUCCCUCGAGCUUUCUCUUUCUCUCUCUUCUCGCAUUCUCAGCUGUUUCUUGGAAUCUCAGGAAGAAUGGGAGAGGAGAAGCCCAAGCCCGUCGCCGCCGUCUGGCCCACCGUGAAGCCCUUUGUUAAUGGCGGUUGCUCCGGCAUGCUCGCCACCUGCGUCAUUCAACCCAUCGACAUGGUCAAGGUGAGAAUCCAAUUGGGCCAGGGAUCAGCUGGCGAGGUCACCAAGAAUAUGCUUAAAAAUGAGGGCUUUGGUGCCUUUUACAAGGGUUUGUCUGCUGGGCUUCUUAGACAGGCUACUUAUACAACUGCCCGUCUUGGAUCAUUCAGAAUUUUGACGACCAAGGCUAUUGAAGCCAAUGACGGGAAGCCAUUGCCUCUAUAUCAGAAGGCGCUGUGUGGGCUGACUGCGGGGGCGAUUGGAGCCUGUGUGGGCAGUCCCGCUGAUUUGGCACUCAUCCGUAUGCAGGCGGAUGCCACCUUACCCGCCGCCCAGCGACGUAACUACACAAAUGCCUUCCAUGCGCUGUCCCGCAUUGUUGCUGAUGAAGGAGUUUUAGCCCUUUGGAAGGGCGCUGGCCCGACUGUAGUGAGGGCAAUGGCGCUUAACAUGGGAAUGCUCGCCUCUUAUGACCAAAGUGUUGAGUUUUGUCGGGAUUCUCUUGGCAUGGGAGAGACUGCCACAGUUGUAGGGGCUAGUGCAGUAUCCGGAUUCUUCGCUGCUGCUUGCAGCUUACCGUUUGACUACGUGAAGACACAAAUCCAGAAGAUGCAACCAGAUGCCGCUGGGAAAUAUCCCUACACCGGUUCCGUUGACUGUGCUAUGCAAACCCUCAAGGCGGGAGGGCCUUUUAAGUUUUACACUGGAUUCCCCGUAUACUGUGUUAGAAUUGCUCCUCAUGUCAUGUUGACAUGGAUAUUCCUCAACCAAAUCCAGAAGGCCCAGAAGAACCUCGGGUUGUAGAUCCCCCGUGGCAAAGAAAGAUCACCCGAGUCGAGCCAUGCCGUGAUAAUAACAUUGGCCGCGACAUGUUAGUUUUUUUUUUUUUUUGGGUAAUUUUACACUAUUACAGCAAAGGGACUGCUUCAAGAUUCUUGAACUGGAUCAUUUUUCUAGAUUGAUUUUAUGAACUUUUAGGGGUAGGGAGGUGGAAUUUUUUGCAUUUUCCCAAGGAUUACUUGCUGAAAUUUUCCAGAGAAUUUUUUUAGGAAAAUAAUUGAUGUACUACUAUUCUAAAGUGUGGUUGUAGGCUCACUGUUUUCUCUGCAUCAAUAAGCAACUUGUGCUUUUAUUUGCUCUUU